AUGCCUCCCAGGGACGUCCUCACCCAGGAAAAUAUGGAUUUCCUGUGGAUUUGCUUUGAGACCUCACCUAUGCCUGAGUGGGAUGUCGUUGCAGGAAAGAUGGGUGUCAAUUACAAAGCUGCCUACAACCGCUAUUACCGUUUGCGCAACUACUACGCGGCCCGGAAGAAGGAAGGAAAGGCCUUUGUCGAUGGCACCCCUGCCCUGACACCCACUGGUACCCCUAAGCCUAAGGCUGGAGAGAAGCGGGCAGAAAAUGCUGAGGCAGAUGAUGAUACAGAGUUGGAUGACAAUACUGCCAAGGAGAGCGAGGACGACGCGGUCUAA